AGAAAUAAAUGUUGCUGGCAACUAUGACCCUAAAGUGGUGGAACAAAAGGAACAGGCUCAGCCUGCUUGCCUACCGUUGAGCUAUGUUCUACGUUUCAUUUCGGAUGAUGCCCGCAAAGAAAGUCCCUUCCUAACGACCAAUAAUGCCGGCGCUGCGGAUCUCAAACGUAAACUGGCGAUUAAACAUCACAGUUAUAGUAUGUCUUCGUCUAAUCGCAGUAAUACGCCAACUGGCAGCGAAAUGGACGAAGACGAAAUGGUUGUUUCCGAGUCGGAGGAUAGCAAUGAUUCAUGGACAACCGAAGAAUUUAGUUCUGAAUUCAUAAUGCGCUACGGCAGCAGGCAUUCCGGAUCUGGCGGCAAUGGCACACCAGGCAAUGAAAAACCAUUUGCAUGCCCUGUUCCGGGAUGUAAGAAGCGUUACAAAAAUGUCAAUGGAAUUAAGUACCAUUCAAAGAAUGGUCAUAAAAAGGAUGGCAAAGUACGCAAGGGAUACAAAUGUCACUGUGGCAAAAGUUACAAAACCGCUCAGGGUUUAAAAAGUCAUGCAUUGGUGGCCCAUAACUCGUCGCCGGAAAAUGUAUUGGUAACCCAAACGGCUUUGGGAAAUGUUUUGUCGGCUAGCGGUGGUAACGCUGGCAGUGGUGUUGGUGUACUUAUGCAACGCAGUAGCUCACCAUCUCAAUCAUUGGGCUCGUUGAGCCCCUCAAGUAUUAGUAAUAUGUCUAGCGGGGCCAGCAGUUGCCAUGGCAGUGGCGGCGGAGGUGGCAGUGGAAACGGUAGCCAAAAUAUAUUACAACAUUUCUCGAAUACCAACCACAGUAAUAUAAAUGCCGGGCAAACGGUUAAUUGUUUGGCUCAGGCCAUUAAUGGAAAUGGAGCGGCAACAUUAAAUUUGCAGCAGCAGCAAUCACAGCAGACGCAACAACAGCAGCAGCAACAAUUUAAUACUACUGCCAAUAAUCAUCAACAAAUUGUAACUGCAGCCGCUGUUGGUGGCAGCCUUGGAACAACACUACUCAACAAUAACAGCAACACCAUAGCAGCAGCCGCAAACUCCUCAACCCUGGCAAACGCUACAGCAGCAACAGAGUCCUUCUCCACCUCCUUUUCUUUUAGUGGACAAUUAUUAGCCACUGCCAUGCAGCAACAUCAGCGUGGGGCUACAACAGCAGUUGCUAGCCAUGGUAGUGGUAAAGGCGCCGGUGGUGGCAGUGGCAAUGGUGUUGGCAUCAAUGGCGGCGGUGGUGGGGGUGGAGGAUGUAUCGUUGGUGUCAACAAUAAUGCCAAUUGUUUUUAUGCAGCAACAGCUCCACCAAUGCAAACGGCAACCCUAUUGCCAUUUAGUAGCUCGGCUUCAAGUGGUCCAUUAACGACUUUACAGCAACCACAACCACCUGCAAUAUCUCCCACAUUUAUAGAACACAAGUAUUCGGCUAAUACAUUCAAAGAGAAAUUCUUAGCCAAUCUAAGACAAAAUCAACAAAAUGUUCACAAUAAAUUGAAAUCUUUGAACUCCUCCUCCGCCUCCUUGUCGUCGUCGUCGUCGUCUUCAACUACUACUCAAAUAAUGGAUAAUCCGGAAUCGGACAGUGGCAGUAUUACUAGUGAAACAUCAAAUGUUGUAACAAAAAACUCUAUAGAGACUGAAAAUAUUAAUGAUGAUAAUGGCGAUAAUGAUGGCAAUAAUUAUAAUGAUGAAGACAACAAUGAUCAUGAUGAUUUUGAUAAUAAUGGUAGUUGUGGUGUUGGUGGUGGCAAUGGCAAUACAGAAGGGGUGUUGGCAUCGCUUUUUAAUCUGGGUGAAGGAAAUCCCGAAAAGUGUUCUAUACAACAGCAAUUAAAUGAGACAAUGAAAAACAAUUUAUAUAAGAAAACUAUAAAUUGAAUAACUUUUGUGUUUUUGUUUUAUUUUUUUUUUUUAAAUAGUUCACGACCAUUUGCUUUGUUUUUUAUUUGUUUUCUUUUACACUUUAUCAAACAUCUGUCCUCCCUUUAAUAAUACCUAUCUUUGCCCCGCCCCUACUCUAUCCCCCUUAUCUCUUUAUACAUGGCUGUGAUGUGUGGAAUAAAUAUAUUAUAAUUUUUAUUUUUAGAGAAUAAAAGGCUUUAGUUACAUAAAAACAUAUUAAAAAUGAAAACAUAUAGAAAAGAAAAUAAAA